AUGUUGCCGCCCGAAGUUGUCUGUGAGGUUGCUGAGUACCUAGACUUGGAAGAUCUGGUGGCUCUGGGAUUGGCUUCCAGUUUCUGGAACGAGGGCAUUCCGGACUCCGUCUAUCGAGUGGCUCUACACAAACGCUGUCCCUUCUACGACCUCGAAAAUUCGCCCAGACAGAGCUGGAGAGAAUGCGCCCGAGUCCAUGUUCUCCGAAUGAGCCCAAACCCGGAUCAUUGGAGACCCUACAUGCAAUUUAACCGACACCAGGUAUCUCCUGGCAUCUUUGAUUCGAACGGCGACGGCAUUCCUUAUGAGUUUUGCCAAGCAAACGAUAAGACAAUCUCCUCGUGCAAGGAUGUGUGUUUACAGGAGGGUUUCGAGUCACUUGUGGACCCGUACGGAAUCGUGCAACACAGAGGCACUACUCUAUCCCAGUCUACAGGUACCUCUGUGGUGGUCAUGAAGGAUGACCAUAAUUUUGAGGGAGUCAAACUGUGCCUUGGACACGAGACACAACAACAAUCACAAUCAACAGCACCCGAGAAACGAAUCAGCUUUAUUAAACGAGGAACCAUCGUUGAGGAUCACGACCAUAUCGUCACUCCUGACGUAGACGUUGCAUGUACCGUUUUCUCGUCGUUUUCGGACAACUCCAAAAAGUACUUUGGGGAGCUCAACUUCAAAAAUGCCGUGGUUCCUUUCACCCUCGCAUACUCCAUGGAUCAGGGCCGCAUUAAGGUGAAGCUUUUCGAAGCGUCUGGGAAGUUGUACAUGACGAUCCGCCAGCUCGUAUUCCAUAAGAUCGACAUUUAUGAGAUAAACGAGUCGAAGACCGCCAUCACCUACAAGAGCACUUGGUCGCCUGAAGAGGCCCAUGACGAAAUCAUCACCCAGAGAUUCAUGUGGUAUGAUGGUUGUGUUAUCAAGUGGUCCUUCUGUGGUAAGUCUCUGGGGCAAGCUUCCAAGAGAUUGCAAUUUAGCACCUAUGACAUGAGAGAAGAAGAGAUUUCCACCUUCUUUAACUGCGGCAGAGACGACAUUCAUGACCUAUUCCCUCAUCCUAAGUAUCCCAGAUAUGUCAUGAUCUUCACCAGAGGCCGCCAGUUGACUGGUGUGUGGGAUCUCAAGAGUAGGUCAUUUUCUGUGGACCCUUCUUCCGACUCUGACGUUGCUCUUUCAUUCCCAGGGCUACUUAACGGCAAACUGGGAUUCUGGUCAUAUAGCGAUGCUUACAUGGCCAAGCUGACUAAGGAACAGACGGAUCUGGAUGGCGAGUGGAUCGAUACCGCGUUAUUUCCUUGCUCUGCCAUGCCAAGUUUGACCAAAACUCUGCAUCACAAGUUCCCCAGUCUAGCUCGAAGAUUGUUCGGUUCUUAA